CAUAGAUGUGGGACAUUGGCUACCAUGGUUCCCCUGCUUUAUUGAUGGCAGGGUAGGGUGUUAGGUCUGUGUUGUGUCAGGGUUGACAAUAGCCUUAUGCAGAGUUUAGAUUAGGGAUGAGUUUAGUUUAUGGCUUAAAUUAGAUUAGAUUAUGGAUUGUAUAGACUGGUUUGGGUGGGGAUGAGGCUGCCUCUGGCAGGGGGUAGGACUAGGACUAGAUGGCCUCUGGAGGUCCCUUCCAGCCAUGCUUCUCUGGGAUUCUAUGAUUUCCUGGGAACUUGCAUGCAGUUGCUGUCUGCCAUGACUCCUAUAGGUUCUCCUUUCUCAACAAGAGGGGAUGCAGGUGGGCGAGGCAGCGAUGAGCUGUGCUGGCACAAGUUGGGGCUUAGGCUCAGGUUUGGACAAUUGGAGCAGCUGCAUCUUAAACCUGAGAUGUGCCCUGGACCUGUUUGCAGCCCUGAGCCUGCAAGAUGGUGGGAGUUACACAGCCUGCUCUGGGUGAUCUUGGAGGAGGCCACCUGCUUUAAAAAAGGGUGGGCGGCUCCAGAGAAGCCAUGUCGGAGGCUGUUGACCUGUCUUUCCUGUUGGACACGGAGAGGGAUUUGAUCCUGCAGGUCCUGCAACGGGAUGAGGAACUGCGGAAAGCUGAAGAGAGGCGGAUCAGGCGGCUGAAGAAUGAGCUGCUGGAGAUCCGGCGCAAAGGGGCCAAGAGGAGUAGCCAGCGCUAUAGCGAGCGGACCUGUGCCCGGUGCCAGCAGAGUCUGGGCCGAGUGAGCCCCAAGGCCAAUACCUGCCGUGGCUGCAACCACCUGGUGUGUCGGGACUGCCGCUCCUACAGCAUCAACAGCACCUGGCGUUGCAAAGUCUGCAUCAAGGAGGCAGAGCUGAAGAAGGCAACUGGCGACUGGUUUUAUGACCAGAGGGUCAAUCGCUUUGCAAACAGGCCAGGGAGUGACGUAGUGCGAUUGUCUCUUAGGCACAAACCUGCAGCUAGCAAAAGGGAGACUGUGGGGCAAACGCUUCUCCAUCAGGCACAGCGGGCUGAUCCCAAGAACUCCCCCGGCACCCGGCAGAAGAGUCCCCAGGACAGACGGAAGGGACCAAGUUUGCCUUCUGAAGCCUCGGUUCCACGAGAUGCAAAGAGUGAUACGGAGUCCAUGGAAAACAUGAGCCUGGAUGGGUACAGACCUGGCUCCACUGGCAUGGCUGCCAGCUCCAGGAGAAAUUCUUUGGAUAAAGCUGCCUCGCUCCAGGAGGGAAAGCAAACCCCAGGACCCGCAGGGUCCAGUGUAUCCACUUUAACAGUCCCUAUCCACUCCAGAGAUGCUCAUCCCUCUGACUUGGAAAAUGAAGUGCAUUUGGAAAGCCAAAGUGGAGUUUCUGCAGAUGAGAAUGAAACCAUAUUUAAGAAGAAUCCCAGGAGGAUUUUAAGGCCUGCAGACUACACCAAGUCAGUGAUUGAUCUGCGUCCAGAGGACAUGGGACGUGAGACUGGCUCUUUGGGAGAUAGAAGCAAGUCUGUUCCAGGUCUCAACACUGAAAUGGAUGAGGUGGAGGAAGACAUUGACAACCUGGUUGAGAUUCAUCGCCGGAGGACAGCCAGGAACAGCAUACGCAGUGGCACUUCUUCGAGCACACUGGGGAGCAUGGUUAGCCUUUACAGUGAGGCUGGUGACUUCGGCAGUGUCUCUGUCACAGGAGAAAUCGCCUUCUCUCUGAGCUAUGAGCUGCAGACACAGACCCUUCUCAUCAAUGUGAAGGAGUGUCGCCAGUUGGCCUAUGCUGAUGAGGCCAAGAAGCGCUCCAAUCCCUAUGUGAAGACUUACCUCCUGCCUGACAAAUCCCGGCAAGGCAAGCGCAAGACAACCAUCAAACGCAACACUGUGAAUCCCCUGUACAAUGAAUACCUCAAGUAUGAGAUUAACAAGUCCCUCCUCCUCGGAAGGACCUUGCAGUUCUCAGUCUGGCACCAUGAUCGCUUUGGCCGAAACACCUUCCUGGGGGAAGUGGAGAUCCCAAUGAAUUCCUGGAACUUUGAGAGCCACUUGGAAGAGUGUCUCCCCCUGCAUGGCAAGGCUGGUGCUGACUCCAGUUCCCCACAGUAUAAAGGUGAGCUGGUUGUUUCCAUGAAAUACAUCCCAUCUGCCAAACACUUGGGAGCAAGCACUAGCAGAAAGGGCAAAUGGGAGGAAGGGGGAGAACUUCAAGUCUGGAUCAAGGAAGCCAAGAACUUGACAGCUGCUAAAUCUGGUGGGACCUCUGAUAGCUUUGUCAAAGGCUACCUGCUGCCACACCGAAACAAGGGCACCAAGAGGAAGACACCUGUAGCAAAGAAGACCUUGAACCCUCACUACAACCACACCUUUGUGUACAAUCGCAUCAACCCAGAGGACUUGCAGCACAUCUGUCUGGAGUUGACUGUCUGGGACCGUGAGCCAUUGGCCAGCAAUGACUUCCUGGGAGGAGUCAGACUUGGAAUUGGGAAUGGCAUGAGUAAUGGCCAGGUGGUGGACUGGAUGGACUCCACAGGGGAAGAGGUGAGCCUGUGGCAGAAGAUGCGCCAGUACCCUGGAUCCUGGGCUGAAGGAACGCUGCAACUCCGCUCCACCAUGGCUAAGACAAGGCUGUAGCUGCCACCGACACUGGAACUGAUGCCAGCUUGAGCAAGGUAGCACCAGCCAAGCAGACUGGAGCCCAAACCACAGUACCGAAGCGGGGGGGGAACAGUGGUAUAGCAGCCGCCCCGGCUUUUGCUCAUGUAGUGCUAAAGCUAAUUGUCUCUAUCCAGGCUCAUUCAAAGCAAUUGCUCUUGGCAGCAGCUCUGUUUUUAUUUAAAGGGAUUUUUUUUCCUCCGAGUUGAAGAUUUUCCAUGUGGACCCUUCCCCUUCUCAGGGGCUGCAGGGCUCUUUUUAAACUUGUUUUUCAGUUUCUUCACCACUCCCCGUCCCAUGUGCCUCACUUGCAGUCUCUAUCACCCCCUGCUUCCCCCUCCCCCUCCCUUUCCCUGUUCCUCUUGGGAAAGCUCUGAAUGGUGCUGACAGUCUGACUGUACAAGCUGGAGGUUGCAUGGGAAUGAGUUUUGGUAAUGGGGAAGUGUGUUGAGGGUACGAGCCCCAGUUUAUAGUAGUGUGACCUGAUCAGGCUGCAUCUUCAUGUCUUCAUGCCACUGACAAGGGAAUGGAGCUGAGGGACUAUAUG